AUGUCCGAGAAAAUCUUUACAAAGCCCUCUAUAACAUACGUCGCAAAAGACAGAUCAGUCAUCCUUUGGGCUGAUGCAAUCUGCAUCAAUCAAGACGACCUUGAUGAGCGACGAGAUCAAGUGAGCCAGAUGCAGUACAUCUAUAAAGGGGCGCAAGAGGUGCUCAUCUGGCUCGGCGAGGGCUCAGACUUAUCUGACACAGCGCUGAAUUUCGUUUUGGAGCUGCCUCAUCUGUUAGAAGACGCCAAGAUUGCUGGCGAAGGCAAGAAAGUGUUAAACGAUCCUAUGCUCCGGGAUCGCUGGAUGGCUUUGGGGUGGCUUAUGAUGCGCCCCUGGUGGAGAAGAGUCUGGGUGACACAAGAAGUUGCCUUUGCUAGAUGUGCCAGGAUUCUUUGUGGAUUGCGAUCAAUUCCAUGGUCUGCGAUGGAAGGAUUGCUCGCAGAACUCAAGCACUCAUGGCAGUGGGCUUUGCACACGGACGCGGACCCAGAUGUUGCAACGAUCAUAAGACUCGCAUCGACAAGCAGAUCUGUUUUCGAAGUCGUCACUAAUCCGAUCGCCCAGGGACAACCUGUAGAUCUCUCUUCGCUGUUGAAAAUAACUCAUUUUUUCAAGGCCACUGAUCCGAGGGAUAAGAUAUUUGCACUGUUGGGUAUGACCGACAAAGAAACUCAAGAAUGCGUACAGCCUAAUAACUUUUUUUCAUGGACCUUGAACAAUCCAGACCCACGGCUCGGCGACGCUGUACAUUCUCGCCCGAAUAAGGUGUAUGCUGCUGGUGAAGCUGAAUUGGCAGGGCUGGUAGCCAACAUCAGAUUCAACGAAUCUGAUGAAAUGAUUGUGGAUGGUGUUGAAUUAGAUUCGAUCGCCCAAAUGGACUUGAUGAUGCUCUUCGACCUGGACGAAUAUUCAAAACAGGGAGACCGCGUUCCCACUCCAAAAAUCGUCGAGAAACCUAAAGCAGAGGCAGUCAUGGGAAGCGCUGAGCCUUACAUAGCUGGGGGGAGUCAACGCAGUGCCUUCUACAGGUCAAUUCUUCUGGACUGCAGAGUCCCAUAUCUCGAUGCAGAAAGCGCCACUCCGAAACGACUACUUGAAUCGAGAACCGAGCCUGUACACAUCCUUCCAAAGUCUGCUGAGGAAGUAGAUGCGCUUCUCCAUAACAUGAGCGAAUCUCUGCGCUUGUUGAAUGGUAGAUGCUUCUUUACGACUACUGCUGGGUACAUGAGAAUAGGACCACGCACUGCUAGGUGUGGCGACAAAGUCUGCGUACUUCUUGGGAGCGAAUUACCGUUUGUUUUGCGAGAGAUAGAGAGCAAGUGUUUUAGGAUGAUUGGAGAGUGUUAUUUACACGGGAUAAUGGACGGCGAGAUAAUGGAGGAGGAUUGUCUGGGAGUGGAAUCCGACAUGUUUGGGUUACUGGUGUCUGAUAAAGACACGGAGCAGUGUAUCUACAUGUCAACCCAAACUUUGCUGCUUCCUCCGAAAUUUCAUGUUAAUUGUCGAUCAAUACGGAACGUCAUGGGCGUGAAUGCGCCUUGUCGGUUCAAUGGUCUAAUGGUUAUGAUUUCUGUCUCACAUGUGGGAUAUGCACACAGAAGGUUCUGA